GUGGGUCUGUUUUGGGUGUUGUGAUUUCCUGGGAGUUGUUGGUCCGAUUUGACCGAGGUUUUCUCUGUGUAUUAACGCCGUGUAGCGAGCCCUAGCCGCUGCCAUGCCCGGGAUAGAGAAGCUGCCGAUAGAGGAAACCCUGGAGGACAGUCCGCAGACUCGUUCUCUUCUGGGUGUUUUUGAAGAGGACACGGCUGCAAUCUCCAACUACUGCACUCAGCUGUACCAAGCCAUGCACCGGAUCUAUGACGCACAGAAUGAGCUCAGUGCAGCCACUCACCUGACGUCCAGACUGCUCAAAGAAUACGACAAACAGCGUUUUCCUCUAGGGGGCGAUGAUGAGGUGAUGAGCUCUACGCUGCAGCAGUUUGCUAAAGUCAUAGAUGAGCUGAGUUCAUGUCACGCUGUUUUAUCGACCCAACUCGCAGACGCCAUGAUGUUCCCCAUAACGCAGUUCAAAGAGAGAGACCUCAAAGAAAUUCUUACUCUGAAGGAGGUUUUCCAGAUUUCUAGUGAUGAUCAUGACAUGGCCAUAAACCGAUACAGCCGUUUGUCCAAGAGGAGGGACAAUGAUAAGGCUCGUGCGGAGGCUGUGGAGGACGUGUACACGGCUCGUAAAAAGCAGCAUCAGACGAUGAUGCACUACUUCUGCUCCUUAAACACUCUGCAGUACAAGAAGAAAACGGCUCUACUCGAACCUCUGCUCGGAUACAUGCAGGCCCAGAUCAGUUUCUUUAAGCUGGGCUCAGAAAACCUCACUCAGCAGUGGGAGGAAUUCCUGGGAACAAUCGGAGCCAGCGUCCAAAAUGUACGCAGAGAGAUGGAGGAGGAGGUGGGGCAGAUGCAGCAGACCAUACAGCAGAUGGAGAGAUCAUGUGACCCGCUGUAUGCGCCAUGUGACCCAGACCCCGCCCACUCCCCUGUGAGCCGCAACCUCACCCGGAAACAGGGAUACCUCUACAUACGCAAUAAAACGGGGCUGGUGUCGUCGUCAUGGGAACGGCAGUACUUCUUCACUCAGGGGGGAAACCUGAUGCAGCAGGGUCGUGGAGAGGUCGCCGGGGGGCUCGUCAUGGACCUGGACAACUGCUCCGUGAUGGCGGUGGAUUCGGACGACCGCCGCUUCUGCUUCCAGGUCACAGCAUUCGACGGGAAGAAAGCGGUGACGUUGCAGUCUGAGAGCAGAAAGGACUGUGAAGAGUGGAUCUCUACCAUCAACAACAUCUCCAGGAGGAUUUACCUGAGCGAGAACGCAGAGGAGCUGGCUGCGCGAGUGAACCAAACUGCUCUGGAGGCCGUGACCCCAUCUCCAUCAUUUCAGCAGAGACACGAGAGCAUGAGACCCAGUAGGGGUCGCCCCGCUCGUGCCAGCAGCAUCAGCUCAGUGGGGUCAGAGCCGUCUCCAGCUCUCUCUGUGCUCUCAUUAGACGCUUUGGUCGCCCCGGAUACCCCCAUCCAGUUCGACAUCAUCUCCCCGGUAACAGAGGAGAGCGGAGGAUCACAGCGGACCUCGGCUCAGAGCGGGGCGGGGAGGAGGAGCAACCCGUUUGGAGAGUCCGGAGACGGGGCCGGUGAAGACAGUGAAGACUCGAUCUUGCACCAGCUCUUCAUCGUGCGGUUCUUGGGUUCCAUGGAGGUGAGGACGGACUCCGCAGACGUGAUCUCUGAGACCAUGAGGCAGAUCCUCGCUGCUCGCGCCAUUCACAACAUCUUCAGAAUGACGGAGUCCCACCUGCUCGUCACCUGCGACUGCCUCAAACUCAUAGAUCCCCAAACCCAAGUGACUCGACUCAGGUUUCCGUUGUCUUCGGUGCUGCAGUGUCAGUCUCAUCAGGACAACAAGCGUCUGUUCGGCUUUGUGCUACAGACCAACAGAGACUCACGCUCCAUCUGUUACAUCUUUGAGUCCAACAACGACGGAGAGAAGAUUUGUGACAGUAUUGGGCUUGCCAAGCAGAUCGCCGUCCACUCAGAGAUGGAUCGAAAGGCGGUGGAGAAGAGGAAGGAAGAAGACAAGGCCAAAGAGAAGCAGCAGGAGGAGCUGAGCAAACAGAGGCAGAUCGAGAAGGACCUGGAGGAGCAGAGCCGUCUCAUCGCAGCCUCCAGCCGCCCCUCCACCACGCCCUCCUCCUCUGACGGACACGUCCUCGUUCUGGGCCAAUCAGAGAACGGCGAGGGAGCUCAGGGGGAGGGGCCAAAGCAGGAGUCAGAUGCAUAAAUAAACACUAUGACUCCUCUCGCCUGGGCUGCCCCGGGACAAAUGAACUAAGCGAACCCCCGUCGCUCUGUGGAGGUGACGGGAAAACAUGGCACAGAGUUUUAUCUAAAGACGCUGCUUUUUAUACUGUUUAACACUCAUGGACUUCAGUCAUUUCAGUCGAAAUAAAAGACCCAAUCUGGAGCGCGGAGAGGUUUUGAUUGGUCGACAGCCAUUAAGUCCCGCCCCCAGUGCCUAAAUAAGAACAAACAGGAAGUAAGAAACAGUUCUGUGGAGAGACAAAGUGCAUGUCCUGUAUCUGAAAACCCUCCCUCCAUCCAGAAUCUCAGAAAUAAGGGUGUUAAGUUUUGAGGGUUUUUUUUUUUUCACUGAUUGUAUUGGACUAAAAUGAGACUAAACCAGGACUGCAAAACCUUUCUGCUUGAGGGUCUGUCACCUGCUUGCUCCCAUCUAGAUGCUAUUGCUUUGCCUAAAAUGUCCCACAGUAUAGCAUUAAACUUGAAUAUCUGAAUGGAGACAAGCAGGUGAUGUCUGCCUUUUUAGCAAUAAAAACAUCUGUAAUUCAAUGCAUGAAAGAUAGGCCGUUUCAAUCUCAUGUUACGGAACAUUACAGCAUCUCCACCACAAAAGUUACAUAAUGCAGCUUUAAUAGAAACAUUAAAAAAUAUAAAAAAGCCACAAGUUUGCAUCAUAUCUCUUAGCUGAGAUACUGGAUUGCUUGGGUUUCAGAUUGAUGGAAAAUUCAUCGCCGUCGCCAUAGUAAUUAACAAUUCAAAACAUGAAGUGAUAUCUUUAGAAGGGAACUGAAACCCAUGAACAUUUUUCUGCAUUCUACUCCAUCUCUCCACAGAAGCCUUUUCCUGUCAAAUCUUUGUAUUGAUACUUUGCAGUGACCUCAUGUUGGGGGUGUUCUGCAUGUAUGUCUACGGCAGAAUGUUUAACAGGUGUUUCAUGUUCCACAAAAAAGUAAAUUUUAUGUGUUAGCAACUUGUUUAACCUCACAAAUAGCUCAUCCAUUGUAGUUCCAACUAAGACAGUUUGUUCUGGUCAGAUUGUGUUAAAAUAUAACUAAAAAGAUUAAGUCGAAUUUGAAUAACAGAGGAUGCGACAGAGCAGUGCCUCUAGUUAGCAUCACGUCCCCAGGGAAUGUUAAUGAAUCAGCUGCAAAGUAUUAAUUGUGGUAUAUUUAAGGUGCCAACUUCAUUUCAGAUCAGUGUUAGAGGCUCACAUUCUGCUCACGGGAGGAAACCUGGUCUAUCGCGCUGUUGUCGUGACCCCGCAUACAACAUUUACCGUAUUUUCCGGGCUAUUAGACGCGCUCUUAAGCCUCUAACUCCAUCAAAAAACGACAUCCAGAGCACCCCAUACACAAAUCCACUCAGGCAUCCCAGCACAACUUCGGUAAACUACAAAGCUGCACCACCUGCAGCGCAUGCAAACACACACGGAGCAGACAGCGACCGCGCGGCGACAAACACCCACAGCCACACUCAUCACUCCGCGCCUACGAGGAACGGAACGGAGGAACGAACCGAAAAAGCGAGUCCAAUGUGCCACUUCUAGACACAACUGAACAACUGAGUCACUGCGAACACGCCAACAAUCCAGAGGUCCCAGACAACACCCUCCCUACACGCCACAACUGAACAAAGCCCAGAGUCACCGUGAACGCCACAAACAAAGUCCCACUGAUCCAUCCAGCUGUUGUGUUUCGUUUAAAGUCCAGUGCAGUUUAUUUGUGAAAAAAGUUCAAAAAUAGACCAUUUAAUGAAGUGCGUUUUAUAAUCCAGAGUGUCUAAUAGUGCGGAAAAUACGGUAACUUUAAAGCUCCUACAUUAUGCAACAUCGCUAAUGAGUUUUAAGCAGUGUUAGAAUGUUUCCUCAUCACAAACAUACUUGAAGUUGUGUUUUGUUUUAUUCAUACACAAAAACUGCAGAUUUAUUCCAAGUUAGACUCUCAAACAUGGACGGAUUGGAACCAAAAAACGGCCCUGGACUUUCCUCCCACAAAUCUGUCUACCCCUGCUCUCAGACUGAAAACACUAUUCCAUCUUGUGACAUCAUGUGGUAAUACAGGAAGUGCUCCGCUGUGUUUUUAAACAUCACUAGAAUCAUUGGGAUUAUUUCAGACCUAUCAAAAGAUAGCAACUACCGCUUCAUGACAUCACAAGGUGGAACAGAGCAUGUAGACAGACUAAUAACAAACAGAUUACUCAAACAUUUGUAAAUGAAACAAAACACAACUCCAGGUCUGUUUUUGAGGAGGUAACAACAGGAUAAUAAUAUUUUUUUAAGCUCGCAGGAGUCAGUUUUGUGGAAUAUAGUGAGCAGAAUGUGUUUUUCUUAAAUUUGAAUUAUAUUUAACAAACAUUUAUUUAUAAACAUUAUAAACAUUUUUAUACGGUUUGAAUUCUGGACUAACAAAUAUAUUUUCCUUUUUAUCUUAAAGUGCAUGUGACAUUUUUCAUGUUUUUAAUCAUUACUUGGUUUGGUGGGAUACAAAAUAUAGAUCACAGUUUAACAUCAGUUAAAAGACAGUUUGUGUAAAGAAAGUUGAAAAGAAAAGUUCAAAAAUACAGGAAGAAGUGGGAAUACCUCAACCUAUGUUAACAACACGGAAAAUUACAUCCAAAAUGCAGCAACAAUUUCUGCACAUGGAAAGCGGGUUUCUCAGAGUUUAAACCUUCAUUCAACAAACUAAAUCAAAUAGUCAUUUAAGUGUAUUAGUUUAAUCAUAACUAUUGUUAACAUUAUAGUUUUUAGGUAGCACAGCUCUACAUAAGUCACAUCGGCUGCCUGUGUUCAACCAGGAAGUAAAAUGAUAAACUUCACCAAAGUAAAACAAAAAUAAAAACUAGCCGAGAUUUUUAGUGAAAUGUUCAAUUAUUAUGAUGUAAUGAACAACAGUAGCUCAGCUGGUAAGAGCGUUUGUUCAUUGAUCAGAAAGUUGGUGAUUCAAAUCCCGCUCCCACAGAUAAACGCUAUCGUUGUGUCCUUCGGCAAGACCCAUCUUGCCCCCAGUGUCUGCAUACAGUGGUGCAUGAAUGUUUGUGUGAAUGGGUGAGUGGUUCCUUGUUGUAAAGUGCUUUGAGUGCCUUGAAUGUGGAAAACGCUGUAUAAAAACGUGACCAGUUACCAAUUUAGUUUUAAUGAAAUGCAUCUAACCUGUCACAUGCACUUUAAAUCCUAAAAUGGACAAAGUGACUGCAAUGGGCACAUUACAAUAUCUGUCUUCUUCACAAAUGGAAAGAAUAACAAAGAGGUAAUCAAAAUAAUAAAACGAUUAAAUUAAAUAGAAAUUAAUACAUUAAAGGUGGACAGUACUUUUCAGCUUGUUUCCAUGGAGAUGUUUAUGUAUUAAAGACAAGAAGGUGGCACCACAAGACCACAAGUUACAGGUCAGAUCUGUGGAGAGACAAGUCCGCUCACUGUCAUAAUACCUACGUGUUUUUCAAGUUAUUUUUGAGCAAUAAAAUCACCUGUAGUGCAGUCAAUAUUAGAUCAGUGUAAUAAUAUACUGUGAACCAUUCCUGGCAAAACAAAAACAUCUCCAUGGAGACAAGCACAAAAGUUACAUAGUGCACGUUUAAUUGAAAUAAAUAGCAUUAAUUGAGUGAAAUCAAACAUCAGUCAAUUCAAAUAGAAUCUAUGUAAUAACUUGGAUUUGUUUUUGUAUUCAUUGACAUCUAUUGGAUUUAAAUGCAAUUCAUUUCUUUCUUUGGACUAAAUCUUUUGCUAAAUGAAUGAACUGUUACUGAGAUGGGGCUGAUUUUGGUGAAGGAUUUUUGUGUUUUGCGCACUUUAGAGAAAAAAGGCCAUGAUUAAACAGCUGUAAAUAUAAUUGUAUUGAUAUUAAUGAUGAUGGAGGUGGGGCUGUGAAUAAAUGACUAACUCCA